AUGUUUAGCGUAGUUUAGCGGGUCUUGAAAUGACAACAUAGCUAAGUUUACAAGCCGUGUGCGUAGGAAUAGCAGUUCUUAUUGGUUUAAAAUAUUAUAUUUGGCAUUUGUUUUAUUAGUUAAGUAUACGAUACACAAAUAUUAAGAAUUUGUUUUCAAAUUUAUUACUCCGUCUCUGCUAAUAAAUGUUCAAAUGCUAACUAGCUGCUAAUGCUAAUAUGAGCUAACUAACAAACAGAAUUGUCAUGUGCUGCUGUGAAGCGGUUUCUGCCUUUAUUUUCACCCCAAACAGCUGCUAAAUAACAGAACAUUCAGUACUUAGAUGGCGGUGGCUUCCGCCUCCAUGGCCGAUAAGAUCAUUGUUCUUGAUGAUGACGAUGAUGAUGAGGAGAAACCUCAACCUUCAUGUUCUGCCCCCACCUCCUCAUUGUCUAAGCAUCAAGCCAAAAAAGUGUCAAGUCCGACCCACAUCACCCAUGCACCUUUUUCCUCGACGAAGAAGAAUGUAAACGUUCUGCAGAUUGAGAACCAGAAGCUGUUCGACGAGUUUGUGCAGCACUGCACAGCUCUCACUAAGGACUGCCCAGAGGUUCUGACGUUCCUCCACACCAAACAUGCCAAGGCCUGCUCCGACUACCUGUCCUCCGUGGAGUUCAGGAACACGCUGGGACGUUGUCUGACUCGUGCUCAGGCCUGCGUCAACAAAACCUUUGUCUACAUUAAUGAACUGUGCACCGUGCUCAAGCAGCAUGCCCUCAAAAAGAGGCUGACCCUCAGCAAGGUGGAGGCCUCUGCGUCUGAAUCAGGUACUCAUCAGUCUACCUCUGCAUCGCUCAAAAGCAAAGAUAAGAUUAAAUGUAAGACAGGUGAGGAGGAAGAUGAGGAGGAGGAGCAGCAGCAGCAACCUUCCGGUUCAGAAGAGCAGGGGGACAUGGGAGAGGAAGAUCAGGAAGCGGAGAGGAAAGCCAAAAGGGCGUUGAGGAAACAGAUUGCAUACCUGGAGAACCUGCUGAUGCUCUACAACAAUGAGAUCUACCGUCUGCAGCAGGCCGAGCUCAGUUUAGACGACAUGGAGACUGAAGACUCGACGUACCUCCAGGAACACAAACUCAAACGGAAGAUGAUGAAGAUUUAUGAAAAACUGUGUGAACUGAAAGGCUGCAGCACACUGACUGGCCGAGUGAUCGAACAGCGAAUCAAAUACGCCGGCACCCGCUACCCAGAAAUCAACAAGAGGAUUGAGCGCUUCAUCAACAGUCCGGAGGCUCACAGGAACCCGCCGGAUUACCCAGACAUCCUGCAUCAGGUGCUGCGUGCAAACGAGCGCCACAACCUGUGUUUGAGCAGAAAACAGCUGAACCAGAUCGCCCAGGAGGCCUUCAGGGAGACCGGGAGCUGCAUGCAGGAGCGCCGCCACCUUGAUUUGGUCUACAACUUCGGCUCGCGCCUCACAGACACCUACAAACCUGCAACCGACCCGGCUCUGGCGGACCCGACUCUGAUGAGGAAGCUGCGCUCCAACAGGGAAGUUGCUUUAUCCCGUCUGGAGGAAGUCAUCACUAAAUAUGCCGUCAAACAGGACGACACCGAGGAGCACGAGCGGCUGAGGCGAAUGGACAAAGACAAGGAGAAUCAGAAAUUAGAAGAGGAAGCAAAGACCAAGCAGUCAAAUGGAGUAUCUCAGACUGAGGACGAGGAAGAUGAUGACGAUGACGAUGAUGAAUCAUCAGACCCAGACAUAGAGGAAGAGCUCGAGGCCAGCACCCAGCAGCACGGCGCAGAUGAUGAGGAUGACAAUGAUAACGAGGCCGAUGAAGCAUGUGAUGAUGGUGAUAACAAAGAGGACCAAACGUAUGAUCAGAAAGGGAGCGUUUCUGAGGGGGGUGAAAAAACCCUGAAGGAUGAAGAUGAUCCCGUCUCUGAUGAAACCCAAGUCUCUCCCAUGUCGGACUUUCCCUCCCCAAAAAACAGCCCCAGCCAAUCGGAGUCCAUGCAGGCCGACGAGCAGCAGCCGUUGUCGAAUGGAAACCCGGCAGCCUUGCAGCAGUUUGUAGACUCGUCCAAUCAGCUGUCACCUGUUCCUGUAAAAGACAACCAAGUCGAUAGAGACCCUACAGAGGUCCCAGCUGCAGCCGCCACCAAUGGGAACCCGUCGCCAGAGCAAGAAACGAUCACAGUGGAAGAAAGUGACACGCAGACGGCCAAUGGCACAUCUCCGCCUCCCAGCCCGAGAACCACGAGGAGCCAGAAGAGGAAGAGGGAGGAAAGAUUGUCAUUAAACUCCAGAAGUGUACAAGAAAAGAUCAGCUAUGACAGCGAUGCAGACAUCCCUCUGGACAUGGGCGUUAUUUGCUGCAGUUCUCCACAGAAAGAGGAACCCUCACUACUGGACACUCCGACCAAGGACCCGAUCAGCAGCUCACAGUCGACGCCGCCUCCCAAGAAAAACAAGAUUACGAGAUGAUGUCACAUGUUGACGAGGUCUGAUCUUUUCAGCCAGCAUCGCGUAUCUUCAUCCUGCUCCCUGCCAGGUUUCUACAGUUUUAGAUCCAUUUAUUUCUCAACAUUUCUCCAACUUUUAGCUGAAAGCAGCCCACAAUGACUGCAAGGUAGAAAGAUUCCUGCUGUUCGUUCAAAACUUAUUCAUGGAAACUACAGUUAUGGAGUAAACGUUCAGGCCAGUAGCAAACAUCUCGCAGGUAAGCAACACUCUUCAGUGUGGAAGUUGUUACAGAGUGAAGAAACCUCAAUGUUUGCUGUUUUCAAUAUCAGUGAUGAUGAAGUCAGAAGAGGAACCGAGGAAAGGAAACCAAACAUCAGAUGCCAGCGAGCGCAGAUGGAAAUGACUCCAGAUCUAACAAAAUCAAAGAGCAAACCGUCAGCAGAACAUUUUUCAUCUUAUAAGUUUUUAAAUCUUUGUCUUCUAACUGCACCUGUUUGUGUUUCCAGGUUAACGUGGCGACUCAGUGUGACCCAGACGAGAUCAUCGUGCUGUCGGACUCGGAGUGAAACUGGGAACAUAUCAAUUUUCUACUUGCACUUCUGUAAAUAGGUUUCGACAACAUCUCUGCUGACCCAGGAGAACUGGAGAAUCACAGAUCAUCAGUAAGAGCCAAGGAACAGCUGCUUCUGCUCACGACUUAUAACUGAACAGUGAUCCGGUGUAGCAGGAUGUUUAUGGGACUCUUCAGGGUGCAGUUUCUACUUUUUCCCAGCAGGGAGGCGCUCUCUCAUCGGUUUUCAGGGCAGACCUUUUGAACAAGUAAGAACAGCUGGUUCGUGUCAUUAAAUCCCAGAAUUUCAGUUUCUGUAGGUAAGAACUAGUGCCUGAUAAUGAUGAAGAUGAUGAUGAUGAGAGCUGAACAGUUCAAACAUGCUGAGUUUUCCUCCUUAAAGAAGCUCGGCUCAUCCAACUGCUCGUCUGUUUACAUUUUCUACAUGAACUCAGAUCUUUUUCCUCAGACAACAGGCAGGUUUGGGUUUGGAUAAAAGGGAUUUUUACUGAUAUUGUUUCCCUGUUGGUGCUGUUGAAAGGAAUAAACUGUGAGAUGUUUGGCUGGAUGUGUGUCAUGCAGCAGAAAUGUGUCAAAGUCAUUUUCUUCUUUAUGUCGGGCCCCUAAAAACUAAUUUUAAGAUUUGGAAUAAAUCAAGUUAAACGUUUUUGAAAAGCUUCCUGAACGCUUUUCAGAUGACCUUUUCCUUGUAAAAAAAAAAACAACAUAAAAAAAUCAAAAACAAAUAUUUGUUUUUUUCAAAAAAAAUGUUUCACUUGUAUAUUUAAGUUUAGUUGUUGUAGGUUUCAUGUUUUGUUUUCCCACUGUGGAUUUUUUUCUUUUUAAAGAUUCAGGUUCUAAGAAGCAUCUGACUUAUGAGAAUAAAAAUGAUCAGUUCUUGCAGACAUGAAGAAAUGAGCCCAACAGGUUUUCUUCAGCUUGUUUUUAGGUCUAAUCUGGUCAGUUUUUGCUCGUUUUAUCUGCUGUGACCCCGUGCAUUAAAGCAGCCAACACUGCCACCUGCUGACAACAUUUUGCAGCUGAUUGUAUUUACACAAAAAAGUAGAAAUGAUCAUUGAUGCUACAUCUAUUAUCUUUUAAAAUCUGGUUAACAGCAGGAAGGAAAUAAAGUUUAGAUGUGAAGUUGAUGAUCCUUUAGCUUCGUGCAGAUUAGAAACAAGACACCUGCAGAGGGUGUCCAGGUGUGACGUUGUGAUCCUCUGCUGCUCCUUCCGCUGCAAGCAUUAAACGGUGUAUUAAUCCACCUCAGAAAGUAGACCCCAACACUUCACCUUCUGCUUCUUUUUUCUGGGUUUAAACUCCAUACAGAAGUUUAUCUGUAGAUGAUUAUUUAUAGAUCUCAGUCAUCAUAAAAGGACAGUCUAUCAUCCUUUAUUUUCCCAAACAUUAAUUAAAGAAUCCAUUUGUUUGUCUGGCAUCUAAAUUCCCUGUAAUCUUUACAUUUUAGGGUUUUUAUUCUGCUCCCUUCUGCUGAAAGAACUGGACAGUUUUCAGGAACCGCUGAUUGAAGAGUAUUUUUGGGAUCUGCUGCAGUCACUGAGUUAUGAGUCUGUGUCACUGAGCUCUGAUAUGAUGGUUUGUCUGUCUUCAGGUGUUUUAUUCCAGUAAUUCUUGCUUUUUUUCCCGCCUGUGUAAAACCAUUGUUUAGAUUUUACCUCAUGGGUGAAUUAAUGUCUUUUGGGGUUUAAAGCUCUUUUCAGAGUGUUCGGGUAGAGAUGUGGAUCUCUGCUACAUGUUCUCGUCUCUCCAAAGGAGUUUUUCCUUCUUCACUGUGAAAACUUUUCUUUUUUUAUUUUGAUAUGAAAAUAAAUCAUACAAUUUGCUAAAAAAAACA